AUGCGGCCAUAUUUGACACACUUUGCAGUGCUCUACGCAUUUCUGGCCAGCUUUGGUGUAGAGAUUCAUGCCCUCUCCCCGAACUAUUCUGCAUGCCAAUUACAACAGAAUGCGGAAACCUCCCCCUUGACUGGGUGCCCAGAUGGAACGCUGUUUGUGUCACCCACAGAUAGCAGAGCACAUUUUAAAACUGUCCAAGCUGCUGUGGAGUCCCUACCAGAGACGGGCGACGCAAUAAUUCUGAUUGGAGCGGGAGAAUACUUUGAAAAGGUCAAUGUUACGCGGUCCGCGCCACUCACUCUUCUGGGCCAACUUGAUCCUAACACUGCUCGGGACCCGGCGGGAAAUGCUUCUCAGCGCAACCUUGUUCACAUUUGGUACAAUUUAUACGUCCUGCCUGGGAUGACAGACCAGGACACUUCAACUCUCACCGUUGCACCUCUCCCUGGACAGCAGUCAGGUAACGCUGACUUCAAAGCGUAUAAUAUCGACUUCGAAAAUCGUGCUGCCAAGUACUCGAUUUCUCAAGCUCUCGCUGGCUCCUUUUUGUAUGCAAAUGUUUCAUUCUAUGGCUGCACUUUUGCCAGCUGGCAGGAUACAUGGUACACUGGUGUCAACGCAUACUCGUAUGCUUUUGACACCAUAAUAUACGGUCAAACUGAUUAUCUUUUCGGAUCUGGCAUGGCCUGGUUCCAAAACGUCAUUUUGGCCAAUCGAGCUUGUGGUGGUGGUAUCGUAGCAUGGGUAGGUACAGAAGGCACCAGGAAUGGGGCAUUCAUUGCCGAUUCGAAAAUCAUUCGGUCCCCAGAUGCAAACAGCACCACCGUCACUGAUAGCCGAUGCUACCUCGGACGCCCGUGGAAUCCCCUAGCUAUCACCGUAUAUUUGCGCACAUAUAUGGAUGAGAGCAUUCAUCCUAAUGGUUUCGUACACUGGUCCGGCCAAACGUCUGUUCCAAAAACUGCAUACUUCGCAGAGUAUCGUUCGUCUGGUCCUGGAGGGAACACGUCGAAACGUUUACCCCAAGAGUAUAUCUUGACCGACGCGCAGGUGAAUGAAAAAUUCUCACUGGAGUCAGUGUUCGCCGGUAAACCAACGUGGAUUGACUUUGAAUAUGUGGCGUAA